UAAUGAAGUCUCGCUUAUAAAGCCUAACGCAACAAAAACAAGUUUUUAAAUACAAAUUGAAAAUCACUGACGAUUACUCGUACAAUACAGCAAGUGAAACGCCGGUAGCAAGAGGAAGCAGAAAAUGCUGUUAAAGUACGAAGAGUUAACUUUUUUAUUGCUGAUCUGUGCAAUAAUGAUGCCAGUCGCUAUGUCAUCUAAUUGUCGGCGCCACUUUUGCCCUCAAUGUGAGGAGGAAGUCUGGGAAGAAGUGCCGUGUGAUCAAAUUUCUAGACGAAGAUCCACGACUACAACGACCACAGAAAGUCCGAAAUUGCCAACUUAUGCUCCCACAACGCAGAUGCCAUAUACAACAGAGCGUCCAUAUACUAAAAGAACACCAACCCAAGCACCAGUGACAUACAGCAGAACUACCGUUCCUAGUGUCCAAUCCACAACUUCUAGCUCCUACCAAAGCUGUUAUUGUGAAUGCAAAGUUGGCUGCAAGCAGUUUUGCCGCAAACUAACAGUAAAUGGUACAACUCAAAAGCAGAUAACACAUAUUACAAAAACUUCGCGUCGCGUUCCAAACGGACAUCUCAAUACGGAGCACGUACAUCAACAUAGAUUUGUGCCCGAUACUUAUGAACCACCAUCUACGAAGUCCACGGACUCAGCAGGAGCUCACCCUAAUGUCCAAGAAAAUUCGUAUAGAUACCCUAAAUUGGCCUACAAAGUUCAGCCAUCAGUACAAAACCAACCUAGACUGUAUUCGCAAACAGGACAUACGCCUUUUACUUAUGAAGAUUCCAAACUCGGUGACAGCCAUUCAGAAGCGCUACUAGACUCAAGCUAUUCAGUGGAUGACUUGUCUCGUCUUUUGCAAAUAGAAAGUGAGAAGGAGGGCAGCAACACCUUGUAUCAACCAAAUGUACAUGCAGCGUACGGAUCAGCUCCAUUUUAUCCAUCACCUCCUCCAGCAUCUAGCUACUCUGACUCAGCGCCAACUACAGAACCAAGAAAUGAAGACAAUUCAUAUCGCUCCAAAGCACCUAUCUUAACACCAGGGCGCAGUGCGCCUUCAUCAAUGCCAUUGUCAUCCUCGGGCCCGCAGUAUGCGAACUACAUUAAUAAGGGCUCCUCAAGUCAUCCACAUCAGCACGAAUCCGCAAAACCUCUACCUCCUAAUUCAAAUAACGACCAAAAAAACUCGCCAUCUUUGAAUAAUCAUGCGACAUAUUACAACUCAAACGAAGAUUACACGAACUCGAUGGCUUACGGCUAUUACUAUGACAUAACAAUGUCGGAAAAUUAUGUACCUAACCCGCUGCCUUAUGAAAUGUAGGAUUGAUGUUGAGGAAUUUCCUUACAAUGCUUAAUAUUCUAGAUUGUAUUGUAAAAUAAUCGUAAUAUAAAUAUUUGUAAAAUAUAAUAAGUCUUUUCUUAGUUCAGUA